AUGGCAGCUGAGCUAAUCUCCAUCAAGCUCAAUCCAGAGAGUCAUCUCAUCCUCGACCAACCACUCCUCCGCCUCCCCCACGAACUAGCCCGCCGAAAUUUCAAAACAGUUCAACGAUCCGUAGAAAGAGAAAAAGAAUAUGUCAUCCCCGCCCUCAAAGAAGCUGCCAACGCCUCCCUAUCGAACACCCACUCACCCGACCAAACCCUCGCCGCACUGGAUGCAAUGAUAUCUCGCAUGCAAGGCCUGAAGCGGAAGAUGCAAAGCUUGCAAGAAGAAGAGAAGAAAAUCCAGACCCAUUCUCGCAAGCGCAUUCAACACCUUGAAACGCUGCAUAAGAUCCCAAGCUUGGCUGAUGUCAAGUAUGAUCAAUGGUCGCGCGUGCGGCUAGAUCGGUUACUCGUGGAUCAUAUGUUGCGGUCUGGGUAUUCGGAUAGCGCGAAGCAGCUGGCCAAGGAUCGGGAGAUUGAAGAUCUGGUGGAUCUGGGUGUCUUUACCCAAUGUCAGCGGUGGUGCGGAGAGAACAAAGCCGCAUUGAAGAAGAGCCAGCAUAAUCUUGAAUUCGAGCUGCGGCUGCAGCAGUACAUCGAGAUGGUCCGAACAAAGGACAUUAACAAGAAAGUAGAGGCCAUCACUCACGCCAGGAAGUAUCUAACUCUCAAUGCCGAAUCCCAGAAAGAUGAAGUCAAUCAGGUAGCUGGAUUACUGGUCUUUACCCAGGAUUCGAGAUCAGAGAAGUACAAGAUACUAUUCUCCCCAGACCGGUGGAAGUACCUCUCAGAUCUAUUUGUACAGACUCACCAUGAACUCCUCUCAUUGCCCUCACAGCCACUCUUACAUAUUGCGCUAUCAGCGGGGCUGUCAGCACUGAAGACACCCCUCUGCCACUCAGCAUACACCUCAUCUAGCUCCAACUCCCAGUCCACGUCGACUUCCGUGUGUCCAAUUUGCUCUACAGAGCUCAACGAGUUAGCUCGGAAGAUGCCAUACGCGCACCAUUCCAAGAGCUACGUUGAGGGCGACGCAAUCGUCCUACCCAACGGCCGAGUCUAUGGCAAAUCUCGACUUCUAGAAAUCAGCAAGAAUGUCGGAUCUGUCGAGACCGGCCAUGUCAAGGACCCGACGACCGGCGAAGUCUUCAACGAGAAUGAGAUGAAGAAGGUGUAUAUAAUGUGA